UAUAUAUAUAUAUAUCCACCAUUUUUCUCCAUCUCCACCACCAUUCAUCUUCCACCCCACCCCCCACCCACCCCCACCGCACCCAAACCCAAAACCCCAAAUCUCAAACACCCCAACAUAUCGAUUUUUCACUUUGUUUCAAGAACAGAGCACAAAGAAGAACAGCUAAGAUACACACCCAUCACCUCGAAAUCCCCCAAAAGAACACACCAAGAUCGAAUUUUUAGCUGAAAUUUCAAGAAUAUUAAACAGAGCACAACGAAGAACGGCUAAUAUACCCCAAAACACGAACACCCAGAUCGAUUUUCAGCUGAAUUUGCAAGAACAUUAAACAUAGCAAGACGAAGAACAACUGAUAUACCCCAAAACACACACACCCAGAUCGAUUUUUGAUCAAGUAAAAUGAUGAACAACACUUAUUCACCUAUCAGAGAAACUGCCCAAGAAGGAACAGAUUCCUAUUAUCACGAAGAACCCUCUUCAAUUUGGUGCGCUUGUUUCAGAUUCCCCUGUUUCCCAUCAACCCAAAAAGAAGGAGAAGCAAAUUCUCUACUCCAUGAAAGAGAAAACAGAGAUUCAUGGAUAGUGAAAAAUAUGAAGGAAUUGAAAGAGUAUUCUGAACUUAUAGCUGGACCCAAAUGGAAGAAUUUGGUCAGGAAGAUCGGAAAAUACUGUAACCCUAAGAAAUCUUCAGCUAAAACGACGCAGUUUCAGUAUGAUUCAGAUAGUUAUGCUCUCAAUUUCGACAAUGGCGAUGGUGAUGGCAGGGAAGAUGAUGAUGGGCUUUUACGUAAUUUCUCAUCUCGAUUUGCUGCUCCUUUUUCUGGUUUUGUUGCUAAUAAUAAUCCAAAUAAAAAUGAUGGUUUGUGAUAAAUUAUUUGAGAAUAAAAUAUAAUAAUUGUGAUUUAUGAUUUAUUGUAUAUUUAGGAGAGAAAAUGGUGAUGAAAUUGAUUUUAUAUAAAUUUAAUUAAUUUAUUGUAGAAGUAAAAUUCCCCCAUUUACUUUUUUUGUA